AUGGCCGACACCCUGGCGGCCCGAAAAAAGGGCAGGAAGGGUAAGGCCCUGCCACCGCCCCCCUCCGCCGCCCGGAGCAGCUCCACGGUGUCCGAGCGCAUCCUGGAGGCAGUGGCGGCGGCCGGUACCAAGAAGGGCCGCCGCGGUCUGUCGCUGGCCGCCCUCAAGAAGUUGCUGUCGGGCAACGGCUACGACGUGGCGGCCAACCGCUGGCGGCUCAAGCAGGCGGUCCGCAGCUUGGUGGCCAAGGGCUCCCUGGUGCAGACCUCGGGCAGCGGCGCCUCGGGCUCCUUCAAGCUCGGCAGCACCAAGGCGCAGAGGGAAGUGGAGACCGCCGUCCGCGGCGCCGAAAGCAGGAAGAAAGUGAGACGGGGUGGCGAGCUGCUGCCGUCUCCGCCGCCUUCCGCCAUCUCCUCCGCGGCCGCCCGCCCGCCCAUCGGCCCCGGCGCCGCCUCCGCCUCCAACCGGCGCAAACCCCGGAAGCCCGCCGCCGCCAAGAGACCCAAGAGGAGCAUGGUGCCCAGAAAGACCAGGCCGAGGUCCGGCAGGAGAGAACCGAUGGGUCGCCGCACCGCCAGGGGACCCAAGCCCGGGAGGAAGGCGGCAGCUAGGGCCGGCCCUCGGAAAGCCAAGCGCCGGCCGGCCAAGCCCAGGAAAGCGGCCAAGAUCCUGGAGGAAGCGAGUCAACUCCCGUCUCAGGAAGAGGUCUCCGCCUCGGCGAAGGCGAACCAGGGCGGCUCGGACACACAGAACAGCAGCAGCUGA